AUGACUGACAAUAAUUCAACAUUACUACAUACAGACGAGUAUAACUCGACUUAUAAUCACCAUGAAAAUUUAGGUUCACUUAUCUUUUUCACAAUUGUUUAUAUACUUGUACUUAUAUCUGGUCUAGUGGGCAAUUUUAUUGUUCUAUUUGUCAUAUUAAAAAAUAAUGAUUUAAAACAUUUUACAAAUUAUUUUUUUGCUAAUUUAAGUGCAACUGAUGUAUUUGUACUUAUAUUUUGCAUUCCAACUGCUAUACAUGAUAUUUGGGCAAAAGAUCAAUGGUAUUUGGGUAAAUUUUUUUGUUUAAGUAAUCAAUUUAUUGAAAGUUGUGCUACAAGUGUCUCUUCAUUAACAAUAACAGCAAUUAGUUUUGAACGUUUUAUUGCAAUAUGUGAACCAUUUAGGGUUCAUGAUAUAUUCAAUGAAACAUUGACAUUAGUUACUAUUUUUUUAAUAUGGGCCAUUGGUCUUAUUUUUUCCUUACCAUUCUUUAUUUUUGCUGUUUAUGAUCCAUCAUUUAAUCCAACGGAUUCAUUAAAUAAUACAUCAAAUCUGGUAACAGUUUGUUAUUUAAAUGCUAAUUCAAGUACUGCACGUGCUUGCAUAACAUGGUUUAUUGUUUUACUUAUUUUUGUCCCAUUUUUCGUUUUAACAUUUAUAUAUGCACGUAUUAUACUUGAAUUAGUUCGUCAUCGUGCUAUACGUUUAACAGCUAUAGCAAAAACUCGACAACAACAACUACCAUAUGAUGAUGAAUCAAAUAGUUUAAAUAGUGGUUCAUCAUCAAAUCAAGAUAAUCAACAAUCACGUUCAUUUCUUGCUUAUAAACGUUUUGAACAAAAACGUCUUAAUACAGUUAUUAUUUGUGUUGUAACUGUAGCCUUUUUUGCUUCCCAAUUUCCUGUACGAAUUAUUCAAUUGGUUAAUAUGUAUGGACGUGUACGAAAUGAAGAAACAAUGCCACAUCUAGCAUGGAUAUGGAUAUGGAAAUUAUCAAAAUUACUUUUUUUUCUUAACUUUACAGCAAAUCCAAUUAUUUAUAAUAUAUUAUCGACAAAAUUUCGUCGUUCAUGUCGACGUCUUUUUCAAAUACAUCGUUCAAUAGAUUCUACAUCAAUGCAAUCACGUAAAACAAGUAUAACAUCAUAUCUUUAUUCAAGUAUAUAUAAAAGUCGUCGUCGACAAAGUAGUUUACAUAAUAAUCAAGUACAAUAUUCUCAAAAUAAAAAUCAUCAUUUUUCUUCUCGGCAUAUGAAUAAAAAAUUAAGUUUAACACGAUGUAUUAUGGAUUCAAAUCAAGUGAUUUCAUUAAUGAAUAAUAAUAAUAAUAACAUUAGUAAUAAUGGAAAAGAACAAAUCAAUAUAAAUGAGACUGAAAGUCGAGAUCUUGUUACUACUGGAAGUAAUGAAGAAAUUAUUUUUCCAACAUUAAAUAAUACAAAACGUUCACAACAACCAUUUCAAGUAUUAACUGAAGAAGACGAUGAGAAUAUUGUUCACUAA